GACUUCUCUUUCCAGACUGAGAGUCGUCACACCACACCUAUGAAUUAAUUUGUUGUUAUUGUGUUCUUUGAUUCUUUCCCUUCCAAUGGGCAUUCAUUUACAUUUUGUAUAGGAUAGUCAUUUCUCAGGCUUCUGUUAAAGCCGACAAUCCUAUUGAGAUUCAAGUUGGUAAUCACGUCUUCAGAGUUCGCAUGUCAAGGUCCAGAAUUCAGUUUCUUCAUUUGUCACUUUCGGUGGCUCUUCUAGAUCUGAGAAGUUGUGAAGUUGUAGUUGCAGAGAGACUUUGAUGACGAUUUUCUGACGCUUAUUUUCGGACUUUCUCUUGAAGAAGAAAUGUCUAGCCGGCGAUCUGGUUAUUCUUUCGGAUCUCGAAUAUCCGCUUUGUUGCUCGCUAUGAUAGCUACCAUGGCCACUAUUUACGUGGCCGGCCGGAUAUGGCAGGACGCGGAGAACAGGGUGCAUUUAAUUCAAAAGCUUGAUAAAGGAACUGGUCAGGGUCAUUCUGCCAUAUCUGUUGAUGACACCCUUAAAAUUAUAAACUGCAGGGAACAACAGAAGACGUUAGCCGCCCUUGAGAUGGAACUAGCUGCAGCUAGACAGGAAGGCUUUGUUUCAAAGCACUUGUCAGUAAAUGAUGGGACUGGGAGACAGUCAACAAAGAGGCUUCUUUCAGUUAUAGGAAUAAUAACAACAUUUGGCCGAAAGAAAAACAGAGAUGCUAUUCGUAAAGCAUGGAUGCCAACAGGCACAAAUAUGAAAAAAUUUACUGAUCAAAAGGGCAUGGUUGUGCGAUUUGUAAUUGGAAGAAGUGCAAAUCAUGGGGACAGUUUGGACAAAGAAAUUGAAAUUGAGAGCAGUCACACCAAUGACUUUAUCAUUCUGGAUAACCACGUGGAGGUACCAGAGGAGCACUCAAAAAAGAUAAAAUCCUUCUUCAUUCAUGCAGUAGACAACUGGGAUGCUGAAUUUUAUGUCAAGGUCAACGAUGAUGUCUUUCUCAAUCUUGAUGCCCUUGGAGCAGUGUUAACUUCUCAUUUGGAUAAGGCCAAUGUUUAUGUUGGUUGUAUGAAAUCAGGCGAAGUGUUUUCUGAGCCGACACAUAAAUGGUAUGAACCAGAUUGGUGGAAAUUUGGCGAUGGAAAAUCAUACUUUCAACAUGCUUCAGGUGAGAUCUAUGUCAUAUCAAAAUCAUUGGCUCAGUUUAUGUCAACCAACAGAUAUAUUCUUCGUACAUAUGCACAUGACGAUGUAAGUGCUGGAUCAUGGUUUAUUGGACUUGAUGUGAAGCACAUCCAUGAAAGGAAGUUUUGCUGCUCCUCAUGGUCAUCAGGGUCUACAUGCGCAGCUGCAUGACCUGUCAAUAAAGUACUAGUGACAUACUGGGAUGUAAUGGUGAAUGGAAGACCUUUAUCUUGCAUCAAACUGUGUUUGCCAGAUGUUGAUUCUGCUGCGUGAAGGCGAGGGCCAAGAAAAUCAAAGAUCUUUAAGUUGAUGCUUCCAAACUCAUUCCUCACCAUUUCUCAAUCAGUCUUGAGAUUUUGGUAUGGAUAUUGUCUGUUUUUUUUUUUUAAACCUUCUUCGUAUAAUUUUGUAUUAUAGAUAGCUCUCUUACCACUUACACACAUUAUUUGCCCAUUAUGGGAAGAUAGGAGAAACAUCCCUUUUAGAGAGAGGCAAAUGUUAUCUGUUACUUGCAUGAGCAAAGAGACCUGUCUCCAUUA